AUGUUAAAAUCAAUUAAAACCGUUAAUUUAAUAUCACUUAUAUUCACUAUUCUUACCUUCAUAACAACUUCUGUAAAAGCGGGAGCUAAUUUUAAUUGUCCAAGCACCGCCAAUACUACUUCAGAUACUGAAUAUAAUGUACUUCUCAAAACAAAAUCUCCAGAAGAAGCACUGGAACAAUUCAAAAUUAUUGCAAGCUGCUUUGGAAUAUCUGAUAAAUUGGAGGAGUUACUCUCAGAUAUAGACACGGUAGAUAAAUGUAUUGAAUCCGCAAGUGUUAAUAUACCUUCAGAACCUCCUUCUGUACCUGUGGGACCUCCUAAUAUACCUGUGGGACAUCCUAAUAUACCUUCGAAACCUUCGGAAACUCCCAAGAUACCGUUGAAAUCUCCAGCAACUCCUAAGAAACGUUUGGACAUUCCUAAGGCUAAUAUAAUUCCUAAUAAGUCUUUUAGAGAUCUUAGUUUAGAUAGUGAUUAUUUUGCAUUUAGUGGAUUUUAUAGUGAAGAAGUUGUCAAAGCAUUAUCGGAAUGGGAUGCUGUUUCUCGUGUUGAUAAGGCGGUAGAAAUGAAAGCUUUUGAUUUAAACGAUUCAAACAGUUCAAAAACUUCAAACAAAAACAGUUCUAAACCGCAACGAGGAAUUACUCAAGAGAAUCCUGUUUGGAAUCUUGAUAGAUGUGAUCAAGAACACCGUCCCUUGGAUAAUAAAUAUACUUAUCCAAGUUGUGCGGGUGGUGACGUAGAUGUUUAUAUAGUUGAUACUGGUAUUGAUAUUGCACAUCCAGAAUUUGAAGGUAGAGCAAAAUAUGGAAAAUCUGUAUGUAACUACUGUUUACCAUGCCCUAUGGAUGAUAACGGUCACGGAACUCACGUUGCUGGAAUUGUUGCAUCAAAAACAUAUGGCGUUGCCAAGAAUGCUAGUCUCAUUGCGGUUAAAGUGAUAAAUAGUGCUGGGUCUGGCUCUGAUUCAGAUGUAAUUAAAGGCCUUCAAUACGUAUGUAGAAGAGCUGCAAAAACCGGUAGAAAAUCAGUCGUGAACAUGUCACUUGGAGGUGGUGUGUCUCAAGCACUAAAUGAAGCAGUAGAAGCCCUUACCGCUAAGGGUAUUAAUGUAGUUGUAGCUGCAGGAAAUGAUGGUGGCAACGCAUGUAAUGUUUCACCAGCUUCAGCUCCCUCUGCUAUUGCUGUGGGAUCUGUUAAAAAUACUAGUGAUGAUUCGGUUUCAAGUUUUUCUGAUACCGGACCUUGUGUUCCAAUAUAUGCACCAGGGGAAGGAAUAUUAUCAACAUUUGUUGCUGGUUUAGUAAACCACAUUACUGCGACACUUUCAGGAACUAGUAUGGCUUCACCGCAUGUAGCCGGAGCAGUUGCUUUAUAUCUAUGUACUUUUGGGCGUAAGUCAUCUUCUGAGAUGCGUGCACUUCUGACUUCUACUUGUGAUAAAAACGUUAUUGGAAAUUUGCCUUCUAACAAUAGUACUAAUUGUCUUUUGAGAACACCAAUUAUUACAUAA